UUUGCACCUAACCUAAAAAUGCGUAGUUCACUAUUUAUACAAUAAACUAACAUUAAAAUAACACGCGCUCGUGUUUCACGUAAGAAAUGGCGCUCGCGAAAGGGAAUUACAAAUCGAUCCCGGAAGGCGCGGUCGUACUUUCGGAGAACGAGGCGGUCCGUUACCAGCGAGAAUUCAUUUACAAAUGGCCCAAUUGGGUUCAAGGGUUUCCGCUAAAAUUGGGGCCCCACCUGCUCGGGGUGGCGUCCGCGUGUUGCGGUAUAUUCUAUAACAACUAUUACAGGAGAAGGUUGAGGCUGUUUCACAUCGGCAGAGUUGUUUCUUAUCUGCCCGUUUGUUUUCUGCCAGCGACUUUAUCUGCCGUGAUGCACGCUGAGGCCAUACAGAGGCCAAUCAUCCUGUUAAAGGCAGACGUUUGUCCCGUUUGCCUCGAGGUUAAAGCCGGGUUACUGCAGGCCGCUUUGGGAUUUUUGUUGCCGUUUUUACUAGCCCCGACGGGGUCCAUGGCGCUGGCUCAUCAGUCCGGCUGUUACAAUAUGCCCCAAAUUACCCAGCGUCCAACAGAGGCGAUACAAUUUUAUAAAAAGUUGCUUAAGCCGAUAGGAAGCAUUUCCUGGAAGAUUUGUGCGGGUCAGGCGUUGCUGGCUAGCUUUAUGACGUACCUGGAAGCUCGAGCAAUGUUGCAGAUCAAUAAAGAACUCCACGACGAAGAAAAAUCGGGAGAAUUGUUGUUGUAGGCAUUUUAUUAGAAAAUAUAUUUAAUUUUAGUUUA